ACCUUUGCUCAAAACAAAAGAUAACCAAGAUGUAUCGUAUGGUUUUCCAACAUUGUGUUCCUCCACUAUUACCUCUUGGUACCGUGUGCUUCACGAGGAGAACACAGGGAGUUUAAACAAGACGAUCAAACAAGCACUGAAGGCUAGAGGAUCAGUUGAUACUAUUCUUCAAGAGAUUCAGAAAUCAGUGGAUGCAUUUGUCUCUCUAAUAGGAAUGUGCAAGUCCCACGAAAAGGUUUCUAUGCAUGCAAUGGCAGUUAAACAUGGGGGGAAAUUUAUUGACACAUUUCUGAAAGCCUUCAACUUUCUAGAGAGACAUUUCAAGCAACAUAAUGACACCAUAGUUAAAAUGCUAAAACAACUCCAGAAAGGAACAAGAAUAAUCCAAUCCAUAUGUUCAGAUGCUAAGGGUAACAAGCGGACAAUGAUCACAAGCAAAGUACCCCCGCGAAGAGAUCCAUGGAGCGAUUCUUGUUUCAGGUCAAGGCGCUGCUACACAGCUGCUCCGCCGAGAAGGAAUUCCAGAUGGCACAAGUACUUGCAAGGCCAUGUGGUGAGCUCUCAGGCGUAUGGGAACGUGGAUGAGGAAGAUGAGGAGCAGACGGAGAUCGACUCCGACCUUCCAGCUGAUGAGCACGAUAAUGGCAAUGCCAUGGAGGAGGAUGUUGUGGAAGGUAGCAACGAGACACCGAUGGAGGACGAAGAGGAAUAG